AGAGAGGCCGCCUGCUGCAGUGUCACCGCGUCACCGCCUCCGCCACUGCCGGCUGCCGGCACCGGACAGGGCAGCUGAAGGAGACACAGGGGCCACAGCCCGGCAGGACCCCGGGCCGCCAGGUGUCGUGUGAGGCAAGGGAGCGGCCGGUCAGAUGGGCAGCACCCUGGAGCCCCCCGGGGGCGGGUACCUGCACCUGGGCGCAGUGGCCUCACCGGUGGGCACGGCCCGCGCACUGCAGCUGGCCUUCGGCUGCACCACCUUCAGCCUGGUGGCCCACCGCGGCGGCUUUGCGGGCGUCCAGGGCACCUUCUGCAUGGCCGCCUGGGGCUUCUGCUUCGCCCUCUCCGCCCUGGUGGUCGCCUGCGAGUUCACCCAGCUGCACGGCUGCCUGCGCCUCUCCUGGGGCAACUUCACCGCGGCCUUCGCCAUGCUGGCCACACUGCUGUCGGCCACGGCCGCCGUCAUCUACCCGCUGUACUUCACCAGGCUGCAGUGCCCGCCUGAGCCCGCGGGCUGUGCGGCCAGGGACUUCCGCCUGGCCGCCAGCGUCUUCGCCGGCCUCCUCUUCCUGGCCUACGCCGCAGAGGUGGCCCUGACCCGGGCCCGGCCCGGCCAGGUGGCCAGCUACAUGGCCACGGUGUCUGGCCUCCUCAAGAUCGUCCAGGCCUUUGUGGCCUGCAUCAUCUUCGGGGCACUGGUCCAUGACAGCCACUACGGGCGCUUCGUGGCCACGCAGUGGUGCGUGGCUGUCUACAGCCUGUGCUUCCUGGCCACGGUGGCCGUGGUGGCUCUGAGUGUGAUGGGCCACACCGGCGGCCUGGGCUGCCCCUUCGACCGCGUGGUGGUGGUGUAUACCUUCCUGGCUGUGCUCUUGUACCUCAGUGCUGCGGUCAUCUGGCCGGUGUUCUGCUUUGACCCCAAGUACGGCGAGCCCCGGCGGCCCCCCGACUGCCCUCGGGGCAGCUGCCCCUGGGACAGCCAGCUGGUGGUGGCCACCUUCACCUACAUCAACCUGCUCCUCUACGUUGCCGACCUCGCCUACUCCCAGAGGAUCCGCUUCGUGCCCACCCUGUAGCCCCCCGGGCAGCUGCCCGCCCACCACUGCUCUGCAAGGUGCCAGGUGCCUGGGAGAGGAAGCCAGGGGAGGCCCCCAGCUCAGGAGGGGAGGGCUGGGGGACAGAGUGGCCGGAGGCCCUGAGCAGGACACCAAAGGGGCCUCUGCCGGCAGCUCCCAGCCCCCCUCUCUCCGUCUGUCUGUCCCUGUCUCUGUCUGUCUCUCCAGUCCCUGGCCCUCCCUGGCACCGCGGUGGUCGCUGGAAGAGGCAGGUGCUGCGGUGACCCACUUUGCACAUGGGCUCACCAAGGCUGGAUUUAGGUGGCCCCGGUUGUCCGUCAGUGUCUGCAGCCCACACUGGGGCUGGGUGACCGACUGUUGAAGAGGGGACAGCUCCCAGAGGUGCAGGAAAGGGGCGGAAGGGGGCCCUGGAGAGGGGCGGAGCUGCGCCGUUGGGGGCCGUGGGGGCCGGCCCUCCUCCAGCAUUCAGGGGGCAGCCCCCGCACCCUGGAAGGACAGCCGCCCGAGCAGGGCCCUGCUGGGGUCUGUGCCAGCUCAGAGAGAAGGAGCCGGAAUCAGGACCUCAGCGCACACGCCUCCCACCAGCCGUGGACGUGGGAAGCAGAGCCAGGACUGUGGAGUGGCCACUCAGGGCAGCCUCUGCGGCCGGAGAGGACGAAGGUGGCCUGCAGGGGCCCCCAGAGGCCAGCUGCCCUGCAAGAGCGUGUUGAGGAGAAGCUGGGCUUCUCCCCCACCCAGGCAGCCCCCCACCACUGGCCCCCACACAGCAGCUUCUCAGGGCCUGCUGCCGGCCCGGGCGAGGCUGGCCUGGGGCCGCCACUGGGGUUCAGAGCCUGGGCACCGGGUUCUCCCCUGGUGGUUGCAGGCCCAGCACCUCCAUCUGCUCAAGUGUCCGUUUGCCUGGGUGCUGACCUUCAGGGCCCGAUGGCCAUUGUCCACCGUGCUCCAGACAGCUUCUCCCAUUCAAGAGCCCAGCCUGGGCCUGCCCGGGGCAGCCUGCUGGCCGCCUCUGAGCCCAGCGGCCCCUCAGCCCACGGAUGGGUGCAAGGCCUCGAGCAAGAAAUAAAUGCUGACGCUGAUUCA